AUGCAGUCUAGUCCAGUGCUGGCUAAACCAUUCACCGAACCUUUCGCGAAAAAUUCCGUAAAAAUUAUCGUGCCCACCAUACAAAGUAAAUUGCCUGAUACAUACUCUUGCAUUUGCGUGAUGUCACCUUGGAAUAUUGUUUUGAUGCGGCUGAAAUGGUUUUUCAGGGGCUCCUGCGAUCUCCUUGAUGCGAGCGAAAUUCCGACACAGUCAAAUUUGGUGUUUACCCCGGAAAAUCUUGGGAACAAAUUUCAGGUCUUAUCCAUGAAUCGAUGGAUCGAGCAAGUAGUUUUAUCGAUGAAGUCGUUCAAAAUCGUAUUCCUAAGCGUUAUCCUUGUCUUCUUCGCAAUAUCUCUCAGCCCUGUUCGAGGUCAGACAACGACAACCACGACUUCUUCGACCACACAAAUUACCGACACUAGCACCACCACGACAACUCCCGUUGUCACGACCACCACGCCCACAACUACAACCACCACUACUAAUGUCUCUGCAUCCAUCUCUCAAACCGUAACCACGGCAACUGCUUCGACAACCUCCACCAAAACUGCCAAUCCUUCCUCUACUACUUCCACGAAUGCUGCUCCCACUAUACACAUCCAAGGUUUCGGAGCUGCUAUGGCUGGAGUCGCUGCGGUGGCCGUCGCAUUGAUGUAA